AUGGAAACAGAAGGAUUGGAAAACGAAUUAAUUCAAUCAAUUCGACCUAGUUUAAAUGAAUUAUUACGAAUAUGGGAUUAUGUGGGUUAUAAUAAGUUGGAACGUUCACAACGUCUAAAACAUUUUGUUCAAAAACUUGAAACUGUUCUAUGCGAAGUAAUUAAAGAAGAGAAUUCUGCACGUCUUAUGAUGGAACAAAAAAUUGAAUUAAGACGUAGAGAAAUCGCUGAUAUGUGUCAACAAUUAGGUUUGGCACCAUUCCUACCUGAACGUGGACUUACUUCCAGUGAAUUAAUGAGAUCAUUGGAUGAAAAAGCGGAAGAAUUAAUUCAGCAAAAAAGUGCCCGAUGUGAACGUUAUUGUUGGUUACGAUCGAAGAUAUUACAUUUAGAUAAUUUAUUGGGUGGUGACCAAAUAUCGGAUAUUACAAAACAUAAGCUUGAUAUAGAUUUUCACACUACCUUCCCACCGAUUAUAAAAUUUUUUGGACAAUCGAAUUGUAUUGAUCAAAAUAACACGGAUAAAAAUGGUCAUUCAAAUGAAUAUGAAAGUUUAGAUCCUUCGCUAAUUUCGUCUAUUCAAACAUUACCAGAUCAAAUAAAUAUUGAAAAGCUUACUAAAAUUUAUGAAGAACUACAAUCAAUUUAUACACCUUUAGCUAAUCAACACGCUGCACUUCGUGAAGAUAUUGCUCGUGUAGCAGCUGAUAUUUUCUAUCAACCACAAUCAGAUAAAGAGGCUGAAAUUUUAACGAUUGUUGGAUUAAAACAUUUAUGCAAAAAUGGUAAUUCAAUUUCAACUCCUGGUGUAGUUAGACGAGCUAAUGAUGGAACAAGUUGUGUUAUGCCUAUAUCUACACCUAGUGAAAACUCAGAAGUCACUACAAAUGGUUUAGAUAAUAAUCAUGAUACAUAUGAACCUGUUGUAAAUAAAGAGAUACUUAGAUGGUUAACUGAUUGGCGAUUAAGAUUAGUCAAAGAGAAAGCUCGUUUAGUUGGUACUUGUGAAGAAUUAAGAGCUUACCUGUUACAAAUGUGGAAACGAUUAGAUAAACCGGAAUCAGAACAAAAAGAAUUCCUGGAAAUGCAUUCUGGUUAUAAACCUGAAACACUGGAAGCACUUCAGGAAGAAGUUGAUCGAUGUCAACAAAUGAAAUGGGAAAAUAUGCAAACAUAUUUAACUCGUCUUGAAAGUGAAGCUCUACGAUUGGCUAGUUUAUGUUGUGUAGAUGAGAAAAUUAUUCAACUACCAAAUGACAGUGAUAAACAAGAUCCAGAAAUAUUAAUUAAUCACUUAGAGACUAUAUUAGAACAAUUAAACCAGACCUAUUAUUUAUAUCGUCCUGUCUAUGAAUGUAUUGCAGUAUAUGAAUCGUCUUGGAAACAAUUAAUUGAUGUUGAAGCUCGUUUAAAAGAUCCAUCAAUAUUUUCUAAUCGUGGUGGUAUUUUAUUAAAAACAGAAAAAGAGAAAAAACGUCUAUUGAAAGAAGUGGAACGUACUGAAAAAGAGGCAAUAUCAGCUAUUGAACAAUAUGAAUUGAAAAGUUCAUCACAUUUUCUCUUAUCUAAUGGUAAAACAUUUACUGAACAUAUUAAUGAAAGAUGGAAUAAUUAUAAAACACUUAAAGAUACAUCAAAAUCACGUCGUUCAAUUGUUCCAACCACUAGUAAUAAUAGUAAUUCAACUAUCAGUAAUAAUAAUACCGGUAAUACAACACGUCCAACUUCAGCUAAUCUAACAGGAUCACCUGUAGCUCACACUUAG